CACAGCUUCUUAUUACCAUGGAUAAACAGUCUACGGUGGUGUUUCGAAAUGUGGGGCAGCUGUACUUUCCCCAAAGCAGAGUGGAGUGCCACUACAGCCUGACCUCUGACCACCAGUGGAGCAGCGGUGACUGGAUAGGGAUUUUUGAGAUGGGCUGUUCCUCAUUGAAACAGUACUACACAUAUACAUGGGCUGUUGUUCCUGAAGGCUACACUGAGGGUACCGGUGUCAACUCCUGUGCACUUUUCCAGGCAUCCUACCUGCCCCGCCCCAGUGCUGUGGAGUACCAGUUUAUAUAUGUGGAUUCGAUGGGAGAGGAGUGUGCCCGUAGUCGCUCCUUCACUUUCCGUGCUCCCAAGCCGCUGGAGGAUCUGGAGACUCUGAAAGAGGAACAAGAUGAGGAGGAUGGAGAGGAGGAGCUGCUCAUAGUCAUCCCCAGGGCUCAGCUGUUGCAGAGUCAGCUGGAGGAGUGCUUAAAAAAACAAGCCAACAUACAGCAGGCUCUAGAUGAGGCAAAAGAGGAGACGGAGAACGAGAAAAGGAACAGCAGCAAAGCAAGGGUGGAGUGGGAACGUGAGAGAGAAGCAAUGAAGGAGGAGCUCUCAGAGCUUAGAGACAACUUGAGACUCAACUGUGAGAUGUUGAAGAAGAUGGAGGGAAAACACAAGGUACAGGCAGGUCAUGCCUCCGGAUGUCUCGGGAAUGUGAAAUAUAGUCAGGAACAUCUGACAUUGGAACUGAGUAAACUCAUGGCUGAAAAAGACGAGAGCCAGCAGCGAAUUAAAGACCUGGAGGAGGACAUCAAGGUCCUGAAAGACACCAAGAAAGAGGAAAACGGUGACCUAGAAAGGCUGAAGGAGAGAGUGAAGAAAAUGUCCAGUCAAAUGAAACACGAUGAGGAAAAGAGAAAGUGUCUGCAGGUGGAGAACCAGGCUGCCCUGGUGGAGGUACGAGGGCUGCAGGAGCGUCUGGGGGCCAGUGAGCAUGCAGGUGAGGGCCUGCGUAGGGAGCUGAGAGAGCUGGGCACCCGUCAGGGCCAUACCCACACUGAGAUGCAUCAAGCCCGGCUGCAAGUGGCCCAGCUAACCCUGCUGCUGUCUGAGGAGAACCUGGUCCUCAGGGAGGAGCGUGCCAACUGGGCUCUAGAGCAGGAGGCCUACAAACAUGCAGCAGAAACAGAUACAAAGAAAUUACAAGAACUGAGCUAUGAGGUGCAGAGGAAGGAGGAGUGGCUCCAGGAGGAGAGGACGGAGAGGGAGAAACUAGAAGUAAAGCUUGGGCAAGAGAGAGAUUGCAAUCGAGUGCUGCUGAGUGACACUAAGCAGGAGCUGCAGGAGCUGAAGGCCAGUGUGAAGACGGCCCAGGACGAUAGAGAGGAGCAGCAGGACCUGAUGAACUACAUCCGUCAGUUAGAGCAGAGGUUGAGGAUUUUGCCAGAAACUAAAUCAAAUGGGGACAUUCCCACAUGCACCUAUGGCUCUUCCUCUGAGGAUGACGAGGAUGCUUCCUCAGCUUCCCCCAGAUCAAUCUGUUCGCCUCUUUUCCUGUCCACUCAGCUGGAACGACCCAACAGAGCUGAGCAUGUCACUGCUGAGGCACGCAUCCAAAGCAAAGGAGACACAGCAGCCUCUGACACACAGCGCUGCGAGCCCCCAGCUGGUGAAGGGAAGCUGCUGCUGAUGCUGCAAGAACCCGCCGACCCCGUCCUGAGUGAGCUGGCCGACUUCCCCAUGUGGUAAAAAAACCCAAAGAUGGACGGCAAGUUGUUUGUUUACCACAGCAAUGCAAGUUCAUGCGGCUCAUAAUGAAACCUUGAAGGUUAUUCUAUUGUUGUUUUGUAGCUGUUUCAUGUAGAAAACUGCCUUCACAAAGGUCAUAUUUGUAAUGCAGAGCGUUUGACUCGUGAGUGUCUGUAUUCAAAGUCAAAUUUGUGUUCGACACCAAAUGUAAGUCUUAAGUGUCCAGAGUGUUGUUUAUUAGUAUGGCUGAUGCUUAAGCAUUAAUGAAAGUCUCCUUUAGAUUUUCAUAAGCAGAUACCAAUUGUCUAAAAGUAUCUUUUAGUUUAUUUUAGACUAUUUUUAGUCUCUACAUUUUCCAUCUUUUUAGCUGAUUAAAAUGUGGACAUGUGGCAGUUGUUUUGAGAAAAGCUUGGAUUUAAUAGCCUUGUUUUGGUGGCAUAUCAGCCCAUAACCUCUGCAUGCGAGUGUGAAUCCUGAAACCGUGUCAAGUGUGGGUGUGGGUGUUUUACAGACCAGUGUGAGAUGUACUGCUGCAGCUUGUUGAGCACAGCGUCAGGUUGGGAGUGAAUGUUAAUUUAUGAUACUUUUCUUUAUUGUUCUGGGCUUCUGUUGGAGACACAAGGUUCUUUAAUAAAAUA